AUGAGUGCAGUGUCUUCUUCAUACUCAGACUCGCGCGAGUUGCUGGGCGUCCCUAGAGACGCUCAUUCGUUCAGAUCGUCUUACCACAGGUUAGCCAGCAAAUGUCGUCGCAAGGCCUCCUCUCCAUCGAUUCCGACGACGACAGCGCUCGUCUCUGCGGCGUUGACUUCAGCAGCGCCGGUCGUCAAAUUCGAGGCUCGCCGGCCGCGCGUGUUGUUCGUGCCAGAGACUGCGACCAAGCCUUCACAUUCCACCAGCACACUUUCACAUUCCCCUUCCGUGAGCCAGGCAUCGUUUACCACGGCUGUCGAGGGUCAAGGUGCCCCUCUGCCGACUCCGACUCCGUCUCCAGGCCCUACUCCAGCCCGCGUGCGCCCUCGCAUUUCCAUCCGCACAACUUCCAAUGAUGAAGGCUUUCCUCGCAAGACUACGGCUGCUGCCAAAGAAGCACUUUGGAUGAACAGCAGCAAAGAUUCACUAGUCUCUCCAACACCAUCAUCUGCAACACCAGCGUCACCGACAUCGCCAUGGCUGGAGGUCCCUACUUCACCCCACAGUCCUCGGCGAAAUCGCUUUAGUCGAGGACAUUCACCUAUCCGCCCUCUGCGCAAUGCAUCUCAAGACUCUCACACUUCGCAAGCUUCCUUCAAGACCACAAAAUCCCAUGUGUCGAACAACUUUGAGUACAUCUUACAAGCCAUGGGAAGCAUGGUCGACGAUCACGUCAGACAGCUGCGAGGCUCAUUUCUUUCCCCUGUUAGCAGGUCAUCGAGACUGCCAAGAGACCAUUGUCGGGAGACUCUGGUUUCCUUUCAACAGGAGAUUCACGCCCUUCUCCAGAGGCACGCUACGGAUGGUACAAAUACUCUCCGCUACCGUUCGCUCUGGGAGCUGUAUCAUGAGCUAAGAGAGAAGCUUGUCAGCUUUCAACGUGACCUGUCAGCCGAGAGGAUCAGUGACAACUACUGUGAAGAUUUCUGUCAGAGUAUUGAGAGUUAUAAACAUCGGCUGGCUUCUUCUGUAGCCAAUACGUGGUGA